GUGACGUCACAAGGCUGCGCCGCGCUCCAGUGUUUGUGAUUCGGCUGAAGAAAGGACAGAGUGUCCAAACACAGAAAAACUCCUGGUGAAGCAGCUGAGAUCCACGUGACACUAUUAUAAAGAUGGCGUUUAUUAAAGAGGAGAGUGAAGAGAAGAGGAUUGUAGAAGUAUUCAGCGUGAAACAAAAAGAUACUGAGGAACAAAUAAAGAUGGCGUUUAUUAAAGAGGAGAGUGACGACGUGAAGAUUGAAGUCAAACAUGAAGAUCCUGAGGAACAAACAGACCUAAUGAUACUGAAAGAGGAGAAAGUAGUACUUAAAGAAAAAGAAGAGGAAGAUCAAUAUUUCAUAACUGGAGAAAAAUCUUUUUGUUGCUCUCAGACUGAAAAGACUUCCACACGAAAAAGAGCUCAAGAGAAAGAAACUACAAGUUAUUUCACUUGCUUACGGUUUGGAAAGAGUUUCAAUCAACAAGGAAACCCUAAAGACCACAUCAGCAUUCACACUGGAAACAAGACUUUCACCUGCGAACAGUGUGGAAAAAGUUUCAAUCAAAAAGGAAACUACAACAAGCACAUGAGAGUUCACACUGGAGAGAAGCCUUACACAUGCCCUCAGUGUGGACACAGUUUUGCUCAAAAAGCACACCUUACUGUUCACAUGAGACUUCACACUGGAGAGAACCUUUACACAUGCCCUCAGUGUGGAAAGAGUUAUGCUCAACAAGGAAACCUUAAAGUCCACAUAAGAAUUCACACUGGAGAGGAUCCUUACACUUGUCCUCAGUGUGGAAAAAGUUUCAGUCAACAUGCAUACCUCAAAAUCCACAUGAGAAUACACAAUGGAGAGAGGCCUUUUUCCUGCCAGCUGUGUGGAAAAAGCUUCACUCGUAAAAUAGGUCUUAAAAGGCACAUGACAAUUCACACUGGCGAAAAGCCUUACACAUGCCCUCAGUGUGGAAAAAGCUUCUGUCAACAUGGAAACCUUACAGUCCACAUGAGAAUUCACAAUGGAGAGAGUCCCUUCACGUGCCAGCAGUGUGGACAAAGUUUCAAUCAUAAAGUAAGCCUUAACAGGCACUUGAGAACUCACACUGGAGAGAAAACACAUGGCAAAGGUAUGAGAAAAUUGUCAAACGUGUUUCUCCUCUUCCUCUUCGUCAUCCUGAGUCUGUACUGUCGUCAUCCUUCUCUGGCAGCUGAAAGAGAGGAUCACCUUGUUAAUGUUGCUAAUGAAGAUACUGAGGAACAAACAGACCUGAUGCCGCUGAAAAAGGAGAGUCAAGAACUAGAUGAAAUGGAAGACAAAGUUCAGUAUGAGGAACAUCAUAAUUUCACAACAGGAGAAAAUUUGUUUAGUUCCUCACAGACUAAAAAGACUACAGGAAAAAGAGCUCAAAAAACAGGAGCCAGAAGUCAUUUCACCUGCCAACACUGUGGAAAAAAUUUCACUGAAAAAAGAAGCCUUGAAGUCCAUAUGAGGAUUCACACUGGAGAAAGGCCUUACACCUGCCAACAAUGUGGAAAUAGUUUCAUUCGAAAAGGAGACCUUAAAAACCACAUGAGCGUUCACACUGGUGAGAAGCCUUACACAUGCCCUCAAUGUGGAAGGGGUUUUACACGUAAACAAACUCUUAAUGCCCACAUAAGAAUUCACACAGGAGAGAAGCUAUACACCUGCCAACAAUGUGGAAAGAGUUUCACAGUAAGAGGAAACCUUGAAGUCCAUAUGAGAAUUCACACAGGAGAAAAGCCUUACACCUGCCAACAAUGUGGAGAAAGUUUCAUUAAAAAUGAAACCCUUAAAGUCCACAUGAGAGUUCAUACUGGAGAAAAGCCUCACACCUGCAAACUGUGUGGAAAAAGUUUAGUUAAAAAAGCAACCCUUGAAAGGCACAUGAGGAUUCAUACCGGAGAGAAGCCUUACACCUGCAAACUGUGUGGAAAUAGUUUCAUACGAAAAUCAGACUUUGAAAACCACAUGAGAAUUCACACUGGAGAGAAGCCUUACACAUGCCCUCAGUGUGGAAGGAGUUUUACACGUAAACAAACUCUUAAAGCCCACAUAAGAAUUCACACUGGAGAGAAGCCAUACACCUGCCAACAGUGUGGAAAGAGUUUUACUCAUCAAGGAAACUUCAAAGGCCACAUGAGAAUUCACAGUGGAGAGAAAUCUUUGACCUGCCAACAGUGUGGAAAGAGUUUCAGACGUAAAAUAUCCCUUAAUAACCAUAUAAGGUUUCACUCGAUAGAAGGAAUUUAUGUCAUCAGUGUGGAAGGAGUUUCACAGAAAGGAAGCACUGUAAGAAUCAUGUAAGAACUCACAUCGGGAAAAAAAGAAUUCAUUUGUGCCAUCACUGUGGAAAACUGGAAAAACAGACAAAGCAAACCUUGAGAUUCAUGUGAGAAUUCACAGUGAAGAGAAGCCUUUCACAUGCCGUCACUGAGGAAAGAGUUUCAGAUCAAAAGAAAACUUAACUGUCACGUGAGGCUUCACACUGGGGCAGUCGUGGCCUAAUGGUUAGUGAGUCUGACUUGUAACCCGAAGGUUGCAGG